CCGCAAUAAGAUACUCUGUAGCUACCCGGUCCCGGGCCCUUGUACAGCUGAGUGCAGAGCACGUCGAAGUAUGGAACAUGCUUCGGAAGCUGCAGAUGAUGUUGACGGAGACACGAUCACGCCGCGGCUUUUGGAUGCCCUGCUUUCAGGUGCCGAUUCCAAACAGCUGCAGGAGGACUUCUUGGCCUGGACGAUCUCCGACGGCCCAAAGCUUUUGGCCGCGCUGGGCGGGCUGCGGUUUCCUACACUUCCAGAAGGAUCUCAGGACCAGCCUCGCUCUUUAGUUGGUCCCUUAUCCGAACUUCUGGACUCUGCAAAGAAACAUGCUCCGGUGCAAGGCACCUUGCAGACCCUGCCACCACUGACGGCUCGCCAGGUGACUUCACGCAUAUCUUUGUUCUUCACUUCCUUGGUUUCCAGACUGAUUGCCAGCAGAAAGUGUUUGAGCGACCAACUUCUGCAACUACUGGCUGAACUUCAAAUGCUCUCAGGCACACCAUUGCGGUCUUUGCGUCAGGCUUCAGUGGCUGCUGCCUUGGGGGCCUUGCAAGCGCUGCUGGCUGAAGCUGCAGUGGCCUUUGCAACAGUGGCUGAACUGGAAGGGCAGCAGGCCACGCUGCUGGAGCCAGGUGAGCCGAAGGCCGCUCCAGCGGCGGCACGGCUCGCGCGGCUUUGCUGUGCUGUGAACGAAGUGAAGACCAAGGCGGUGCAACUGGAUGCUCAGGCAAAGAAGAUGCAAGAAACUGUGCUCUUGCCGCGGCUACAUGAUACCGCCCCGGCCGUGCGAAGGUUGUCCUUGAAUGCUUUGGGACGCAUGAUGAACUUGGGCCUCCUGUGGUGGCCGGAGCGUGUCUUGCGUAGCCUUUGUGACCCCGCCACGGAAGUGCGAGUGCAAGCUGUGGAGUUGGUAGGCGCUUGGUUCGAGGGGUCAGAUGAUCAUGCUGCAGAGGCACCAGAGGCAGCUCGAUGGUUGGCCGAGCGAAGCCGUGAUACGGAGCCGCGAGUGGCAGCAUUGGCAGUGAGGCAACUGAGGCGUGCAGCCCUGGCCUCGCAGCUCUCGGAUUCCAACUUCGAGCAGGUAUCGAUGCUCUCCCUGACAGCGCCGGACAGCCAUGGUCUUCUAAGAGCUGAAGCAGCACUCUUCGUUGAGCAGCACCUCUUACCCGAUCCAGGUCUUGGGAUUGCUGUGAAACGUGGCGAAGAGGCUGAUGCUGAAGACAUUGAGCGCCAUUUCACCACGGAGCAUGGAUUGAUCGCAGUGGCAGACUUUUUGACCAGCUACCUCAAGGAUCAUUUGCUUCAUUUGUCCCGUCGCUUCGUGGAGGCGCUUUGGGUGCGUACGGAUUGCUUUCGCCGGUGGGCUGCCCUGGCGGAUUUGUGCCUCCUGGGAGAAGGGCAAGGCGCUGCAAGAGGUGUUCCUUGCCUCCCGAAUCGACAACGCCUUGCCCUACUCUUUGUUUUAGAUGGAGCCUUACACUGUGCAGAGGCACCAAAAGAUGCCACAGAAGCAUUGCUGCCACGAUUACCAAGACUUUUCGAGCUCUUCGCAUCCGAGGAGGGAAGCUUCCCGGAUGUUUUGGCAUCGAUCACCCGCCGUAUGAUUUGCUCGGCCUGUCGACCAGGAGAGUCUGAGGUGCCCUUGCCCCGCGCGCUCUUGGUGCCUGUGGUCACUGCCCUGAAGAAGAGCAGAUCGAAGCGCUGUGGGCAAGCCGAUCUGGCUGAAGCGCUGGCAACCUGGGCACAUAGGAGCUCAGAAGUCCAAGCAGCUACAAGUCAAUUGGUGCGAGACCUUUACAGCUCUCUGGAAGCGCAAAUGCCACGGCCUGGUGCGGCUUUAACACGUCACCCACCUUCAUUGGGUGAUUGCGCGACCCUGAGCCCAUUGCUCGCACUUGGGCGCCGCGGUGUGGAUCUCUGGAGCUUGGACAAGACAGGCUGCUCCAACAAUAUUCUUCGAUCCACCGUUCAUGUCCUCGAGGCAUUCAACAACCAAGUUCCAGGAGGACAACCUGGAGAGCUUUCAGUGCAGAGAGCUUCUGAACUCAUUGAAUUGAUGGUUCUCCUGAGCACUUGGCGUGCCAGGCAGCUCACACUGUCGGAGAAUGGCAAGGAAAGCGGAGGAUUCCUCAUGUGCUGCAACCUUGCCCGGGCAUGUUGUGCGAAGGUCAUGGGUGGCGAAAGACAUCUCAUGCUGCGAUUCCAGGCGUUCAGCGGAUUCUUGCUACUGCUGCAGCUAGAGUACUUAGGGCACAAAGAGAACAGCGGCCUUCCAACAGUCACGGAGGAGCACUUGCUCGCGUUGGAUGCAGCUUUUCAGGCCUUCUACAGUGGCAGGGCAACCAACUGUAACUGGCGUCAACCAUCAGAAGCCUUGGCUGGUCGAGAGGUGACAUCAUGCAGGUGGCUGCUCGACAGAUACCUUCAAGACGGUGAUGAUCUGGAAAUCCCAGCGGAGGCCCAGGCAAUGGUCGCAGCCUCCGCAUCGAGGAUGCUAGCUGAAUGUGAACAUGAGGCGGUCUAUACCAGCAAGGCAGCCGAGCGAUUGCUGAGGGAGCUCGAAAACAUGGACUCAGGAGAUCUUGAAAAAGCCAGUGACUUGCAGUUGGCAGCACUACAUUUGCUUCGCCGUCUUCGACGCGAUGGAGGGCGGCACGCACGGGAUGCCUGUCAAGGAUACCAGCUGCAAUUCCGUGCGGCCGCAUGCCAUGCCAAAGAGAAAGGCGUAGCAGCUGGCCUCCAGCUGGCCUCCAUGCUGAUCCACCUCUCGCUGCCACACAUCAUCCCAGGAAGCCGAGCCGCGACUCAGCUGGGCAAAGGCUUAGCCUUGGCGCUGAAGGGAUACCUGGAAGCUGACCUGGUAGGUGGAGAUCUUGAGGUGUUGGUGCCAUGGCUGCGUGACCCUUGCUGCCCGUUGCCAGGUUCGACCGCCCAGAAACUGGCCACCGGACUCGCCUCCGACUAUGGACUGUUAGGUCAAAGCAUAACGGCGCACCCUCAGAAGAGGCCACGGCCUUGGCGGCUGAAGGCAGCCCAGGGCGUUUGGCCUUUGGUCACGGCCUUGCAGGGCUUAACUAGCGGCCUGCGACACAGCAAGAGCUGGCGAGACAAAAUGCAACAGACGGCACGCCGGCGCCUUCGGCGGCGGAAGGAUACCGCAGCUUCCGCACCAAACGUGUCUGCGGAUGGAUGGUUGACACCCUUGGAGAAGAAAAUUGGCACCAGUGCCGAUGCUCCUCCAACUCCAGCGCCUGUUGCCAAGCGGAAGCGAGAACUGGAUAACCAACCAAGGCCACCUGCCUCAGGGACCAAGCGACAAUGGCGCCUGAGAGACGAUGGCUGAGUCAGCUGAGAUGACGGAGAAUGAGCUCACAGGCAACACACGAAGCGACUCAGAAAAGC